AUGGUUCGCCUCACCGCUUCGCUGAUUAAUAUGUCAGCACAGAAACAUAAUCCUGUUAGGGACUGGGAACUGGAUUUGAGAGGAUACAGAAUACCAGUUAUAGAGAAUCUAGGUGCAACUUUGGAUCAGUUUGACACAAUUGACUUCACAGAUAAUGACAUUCGUAAGUUGGACAAGUUCCCACUGCUGAAACGGUUGAAGCAUGUGCUUCUCAGCAACAAUAGGAUUGUACGCAUCUCAGAAAACUUACAAGAGAACCUUCCUAGUCUUGAAAGUUUGAUACUGACAAACAACAGUUUAAAAGAGUUAUCAGAUAUUGAUCCUCUUGGCACGAUUACCACACUCAAAUAUCUCAGCUUACUUGGGAACCCGGUUGCAGCCAAGAAAAAUUACAGAUAUUAUGUUAUUCACAAAAUCCCCAGCCUGAGGGUCUUGGAUUUCUGUAGAGUCAAAGAGAAGGAGAGAGAAGCAGCAGCAAAAUUGUUCAAAAAGAAGAAGAGUCAACCCGCACAAGCAACAGCAGCAGGAGAUAAAACAAAGGCAAAGACAUUCACUCCGGGCGAGAAACUGACUCCUGUUAAACCGGUUCCCUCAGGACCUCCUAAACAGGACAUUGCAGCAAUCAGGAAAGCAAUCGCUAAUGCCAAGACUUUGGAAGAAAUCGAUAGACUAAACCAGCUUUUGAAGUCUGGUCAGAUACCAGGGACGAAUGCAGAGCCCAGGAAAGCAUCCGCAGGGAAGGAAACGAAUAAACGAAAAGAUCAUUUUGAAGAAGAGGAGGAGGAGGAAGAGGAUGAAGAAGAAGACAAGAAUCAUAGCUCAGCCCCAAAAAGAAGGGCAACAAGUGAAAAGGAGGAAGAGAUGGAGACCGUUUGA